AUGAAUUAAGAGUAGGCAACCAAUUUCCUCCAAAAUUAACUAUUAAAUGAUCUGAUAAGUAAAUUUGAAUCUCUUGAAUAUUUACCACUUGAUUCAACUCAAUUGAGUGAACAAUUACAUCAAUCUGGUAUCAAUGUUAAAUAUAUUGGUAAAAUUUGUCAGAUGUGUUCAUUAUAACAUAUCAAGGAUCUCUGUAUUUGUGAUAUGAUCAGCAGAGUAUGUAAGAAGGUGCUAAGAAAUAAUGCAGCCGAUCUAAUGAAGAAUCUGAAAUAUCAGUUAUCUUAAAAGUUGCAGAGUGAUCAAUCUAACAUUUUGGAGUUUUCGAUGAUAUAAGAAUUAAACACUAAGGAAGUAUAGGACAUCAAAAUUGUAUUGGAAUUAUCAUCCAAUUUGAUAAAUGAAAGUUGUCUUGACUUUUUGAAUCUCCUGCUGGGUGUUGGAAAAGAAUCUGAUAUAUUUUGGAUUUAAAUCAUAUAAAAAUAGAUUUGGUAUGAUUAUUCAUAUAACCUUGAUGUAACAUCUCGAUUUUCUAUGCAAUACAAAGGAAUGCUGCUCUACAGUCUGUAAUAACAGUGUGAUAUAUCCUUCGCUAUUUCACCUGCCUUAAUCAAUGGAAUGUUUAAGGAAUCCUUUCCCUUGAAGGAGAAACCUUAAUUCAAUGUCUAAUAGAAGGCUUAUCUGUUGAACACAUCGAAAAUAGCUCGAAAAUCAAAGAGAAAAAACAUUAUGAAUCAAGAAUAAUUAUUUCAAUCUCUUAAGUGGUCUUUGGAGUUGUGUCUACUACGAAAAGAAGGGGAUGAUGUGUUUUCCUACCUAUUAUGCGAGGAGAGUUGUGAGAAUGCUAAUAAGGCUCUAUGUUUCACUAAGCCUGGCCACCCAAGUCAAAUCAAGCCUCUUCUGCAAAUCAUUCAAAUGAGCAUGGACAAUCUAGAUACUGCACUGUAAUACUUUGAAUAAAUACUCUAAAUCCUUGAUUCCUACUUCGGAUCCUCUCACCCUUAUUAUUUUAUAAUCUACUCCAUUUUUGGACAUUAUCUAAUGGAAAGCGGUUAUUUCAAUGAAGCUUUGAAUCUAUAUGAAAGUGCCUUACAGUGUGCUAUUCGUUUAUUUUAGAGUCAUUAAUGCAUCGCUGAUAUCUACUCAGACAUUGGUCAAUUGUACUUUUCUAGAAAGGACUGCAGCAAUGCAUCCAUCAAUUACAACAAAGCUGUUUCGAUUUUUGAGAAAUGCAAUCAAUAUCAGUCAAUCAAAUAUGCAAAUAUUCUACUGCUUUUAGGCUAAUUGCUCUAAAAUCAAUAGCAAAAUGAGUAGGCAGCAUAGAAAGUUGAGGCUGCUAUCAAUAUUUUGUAAUAAUUUGAAUAUUCAUAAACAGAUCUCUUAAUGGAGGCAAUCAAACUACUGAUUCAAAUUUGCAAUUGUUAGAAUAGAAAGAAUAAAUCCAACCAAUUAAGUUUAGAACUCCAACUCCUGUAGAUUAGACACUCCAUUAUGCAAUGA